GGUGAAAAAUGAAUAAUCCAGGGUAGUGGGAUCUGACCCUGAACCCAGCAGCACAUCUGGAGAAUUGAAAUGAGCCUCUCGGUCGCAGCGUGUAGGCUUUUUCCAGCAGGUUCGGAAUGGCCUGCACGGUGCCGACGUCGGCCUACCGCUUCUUCGUUCCGGCCGUACCUCUCUUCCCUGCCCUUGGCUGCGCUUCCGCGCUUGGCGCGGCCUCCAGCAGCAGCAGGCUUUUCAAUUCGAGCGGUCCGCCGACGGAUCCACGAUGGGGGACCGGUCGCCGUUCGGUACCACGUGUCCAUGCCUUCACAGAUCGUCUAUUGAUUGCCUCGAUUGGAUCGGUCGGUGGAGGCAAGGGCAAGGGCAAGGGCGUGCUUCAUUUCGCUAAGGAUUUCAACGUUUCUCCGGUGGCAGGGAUGGCAGAUGGCCAGCUGUCGAGUGAUCAUCGUGCGGGCGAUCAUAUCGACGGCUGUGCCAUGCCUGCCGUGAUGGUGGACGGUGAUCGGAAGAUGGCGGCUGUAGCUGAGGGGCCUACAGCCGCAGAGGCGGCUGUGGUUGCCGCGCCAGCUGAUAAGGCACUUGGAGAAGCCGCUCAGGAGGGAGGUGAUCCUCUUUCUGAGGCCGCAUCAGCUCCCCUCUUGGUCCAGUACCUGGUCCUUCGGAAGGACCUCGUGGAGAACAUGGGGUGGUCAAUCGGGAGCGUGGUCGCACAAGCCUGCCACGCCGCCGUCGCCGCCACGUGGCUCUCUAAAGACGAUGCGCUCACUCAGCGGUACUGCUCCGACUCUAAUAUUGAUCACAUGCGCAAGGUUGUGUUGGAGGUGAAGGGAGAGAAACAGUUGGUGGACCUCUCUGGGAAGCUGGCUGUGGCGGGAGUUGGACACAAGCUCUGGGUGGAGCAACCGGAGAACUUUCCCACGUGUUUGGCAACAAAGCCCUGCAUAAAAGAGGAAGUCGCCAUGCAUUUCAAAAAGUGCAAAUUGUGCAAGUGAAAACCGAGUGACAUGCUUGAAUUGUUCUGGAGCAGGAAGGGUGGGUAUCUGCUGAUAUUUGUGCCAAAAAACCGAGGCUGCUGAGCCUUUGCCGACCACCAGUUCACGCCCCCUUAUUUCCCUGUUGUCUGCAGUAAACUGCAGACUUUUCCUGUAGGGCGGGUAGAGGGCCUGCAGCCAAGUCCAGCCGGGCCCAGUAUCAAUAGGGCGCUGGCCUACCGGGGAGGUGUAGUCUUCUUUGUGCCACUCGCCCCUUGUCUUUGUGACACGAGAGUCAUGAAUCUUGAACGGGUGGGUAUGUUGUCCAACGUUUUUUACUCCUUUUGUGUUUCUGUGUUAGCUUGCAGGUUUCUUCUUUUUUUUGGCUUUGAGACCUUUUUUUCCCGCCUCUAUUGUGCUCAAUACCUUUUCUUUCGCGGGUGAGCAUCUUCUUUUGUCUGUAGAAGUGGACCCGCUGCAGCUAUGCGAAGGACGGCGACAAAAACAUUUUGCGAAACACCGCAGCCAUCAGUUGGAUACCAUCUUUGCGAUGUAGCCCUACGGGACGCUGCCCAACUUUGCAAAAUGGCCCGGUAGUUGCCAAGUUUUCGUAGGUGCAAUUGCAAAAGGCGAAGUGAAUUUGCACACCCGCCUGACAGGGGCAUAAGACAAACAUGUCAGCCCAAAACGCCAUUCCACUGU